AUGUUGAAAGAAAUGUGUGCCUCCUGCCUGAAGCCUGUGUACCCCAUGGAGCGUGUGGUCACUGACAAGGUCUGUGUGCACCGCUCGUGUUUCUGCUGUCGGGUCUGCGGGAGGAAGCUGAGCUUGCAAAACUAUGUUGCCCUCCACGGGGUGUUCUACUGCCAAGUCCACUACAAGCUGAUGGCUGGGGCUGGAAGCAGAAGUGAGAUGGAAAGGAUGGAGCACCACCAGGUUCAGCAUGGUCCACAGCCACAGGACUGGUGUAACAGGGCCAAAAAGACUAAAAAAAGAGAGAAACCCACAUCCUUCAAUGCACAGUGUGAUCUGCAGCUGGCUGAGCACAGGAACAGCAGGGCUGGCCUCGUAGGGAACAAGCUCAGAGCAGUCUGGCCACCUUCAGAACCAGCCUUGGCUGUAGAUGGGAAAGCUGGAAAUGGAGUGUGUUUCUGGAAAAAUCCUGCACUGAGCCUGCAAGCCUACCAGGCUGCAGGCAGCAUAGUGCUCAGGAGCCAGGAGGGAGCAGUGGAGAAGGGAAGAUUCCUACCUGGAAUCACCUACACCAAGGAAAGAGAGCAGGCGUGUUCCUGGCCCAAGAACAGAGAGCAGAGAGGCCCUGAAGAGGCUGGGGAUGGGGAUGUGCCUGAAGGGAAGCGGGCUGGGAAGGUGUCCCAGAGAGUGGCUGCAUUCCAGCAGGGCCAAGCCCAGCAGAACACAGGACCUGCCUGUGUCCCCCUCCCUCCCAUCCUGGAGCCUGUGAAACCCCUGCCUCGUGCCUCCCUUGCUCCCCACCCCACACACCAAAGCACCAAACCCACGCCCAGGGUGUACCUGGGGGGCACAGGGGGCUGCACUCUCGCUGCCACAGAGGUGCCAGUGACACAAAACAAGGUCUGCGUGUCACUGAGCACACCCAGCAAAGGAGGCACAGUCACAGAUGACAAGCCUGAGCUGAUCACAGCCACCCCAGAUACUGCAGGGGCCAAGCAUCAUCUUGGAGAGGGAAUGAACAGCACACAGGCCAUUCAUGUGCCAGGAGAGCCCAAAACCAGAAACACCACAAAUACAGAGCUAAAACAUACAGCUGAGGAUAUUGAUCCCCCUGAAGAUGAAGCUGAACAAGCCCACUCCCCCCAUGGAGUGUUGAGGACCUCUUCUGUAUCUUCUGGCUCCCUGGAGCCAGGAGGGCUGGGUGUGUCACCUGAGAUCACUGAAAUGUUGAAUGAGAAAUCAAAGGCAAACACCAGAGAAUUCCCUGGCAAACAGAUGCCAUUAACUUUGGGGGAAGCUAUGCAGCCAUCCAGCAGAAGUGAUUUGCCUGGAAUUGAGAGAAAAAGGGCAGAAUUUGAGAAGACAAAAGAAGAUAAACCAGCAACUAUGGGAGCUUCUCUGGAAGAACCCAGUCCUGAGCAUGCAUGUCAGGAAAAUGAAGCUGAAAAGAGCAGAGUCUCUUCAGCUGGCUGUCCAGACAGGACAGAUGAUCACAAUGUGUCCUCUUUACAAGAAACAGAACCUCAGGACACAUGUGGCCCACUGAAAAGUGACACCCAUGAGGGUAUUUGGAGACAGGAUACUAAAUCAUCUGGCAAGGAUUUUCUAGUAUCAACUGACACACCUCUGAAAGGAACUUGUGCCCCUUGCCCCUCACAUGAUGAAGUCAACAAGCGCAAGUCAAAGGAAUCCAGGGAAGUUCUUAGUGAAAACACCUUGCACAUUUCUGAGCAACCAGCCAAGACAUCAGAAUAUUCCAAACCAAAUACAUCCUUGGACAAAUGCAGAGGCCAUCCAGUAGGUGAAGAAAAAGAUAUAAAACCUCCAGGGGAAAGCACUGGGCCUGUGUCACAGACCGGGGCCCAGAGCAAGGAGGCCAAAAGCAGCCGAGCCUGUAGAGAGACACCAGGUAAAGGUUUCAGGCUGGGGAAAAACCCCUUCAUUACCCUUUUUGGCUCUGAAGACAAAGGCAGAACUCCCAGGAAAGAAGCAACAACCCAGAGGAAACCCACAAAACCCCAGUCAGCCCUUGCCACUUUGUUUGGUCACUCGUCAGAGAAGAAGCAGAGUGCACCAGAAAAACCUGCAGGAUCCUCAGAACAAGCAAAUAUUGAUGGCAGGACAGAAAAGGCCCAGGGCCUCCUCAGAUCCUGCAGCCAAGAAAAGCAAAAUUCCUCCAAGAAUGAUCAGCUGCCACAGCCUGGAAAGGUGGAGGUGUUCCCUAAACACAUCCAGGAGAGCUCUGGAGGAUUCUCAGGCCCUGCUGAGAGCAAGGAGACUGAUGUCCUGUUGUCAACUCCCAGCACAGCCAUGUCACAUGAUGGCAAAUGUGAGAGAACUGAACUUGACAUUCAUGACCAAGAGUCUUUAAAUAGUCAGGUUUGGCAGCCACACGACAGCUGUUGGCCCCUUCUCAUGCCAGGACAGAAAAGUCAGAAGGAAUCUGCAGGAAGCUCAAAUCAUGGAACAAACCCUCUGCAGCUUUCUCCAGAGAUUGGGCCUGCAGCUGACAACAGCAAAAAUCUCACCAGGGAAAGGAAUCACCAUGAUGCUCAUCUGCAAGGAACCCAGAACCUGCUGAGCUUGGAUGUCCAGGACACAGGGGCACAGGAUAGGAUGUUUUUUCCACCAGGCAAUUCAGAAGAGUUAGGCAAGGAAGCUGAGCUUCAGUUUGGCAACAUGGAUUUUCUGGGGGGUAGUAACUUGUUCUUUUCUGGACGACAAGAUUUCCCCAGUGAAGCAAAUGAAACUCCAAAUUCAGAUUUGCAAAACUCAGAGGCAGAAACUCCACCUCUCUUUGAUCCAAAUCCUUUUGAUUUUUUCCAAGAAAUCUCAUCAGAAACAAGCACCUCACUAGAACUCUGGGACACCUCCAGCCUCUCGCUUCUUGAUGGGCAGGAUGAGAUUAAUAUGAGAGACCUGGAAGGGAUUCAGGGCGAAAUGAACCCUGGUGUCUUGAAGUCUUUCAAGGUGUGGGGACAUUGCUAA